AUGAGGCUCCUUCUCGUACUCACUGUGCUCGUGGUGGCCGUCUUCCUGUCCUCCGUUCACUGCGCCUCCACCGACUCCGACACAUCCGACGCAUCCGACACAUCCUUGGAAUCGGCAGAAUCUGAUGAGUCUGACAGCUCGGAAACAACCUCCACGACAUCCACCACGACCACCACCACCACUACCACCACAAAAGCCCCUGUGACCCACAGAAUUCAUCGCCGAAGACGCCGCAUCAUCAGGAGAGUUGUACGGAGACGAGAAGCCGAAGGAAGACGUCGACGUGGUUAA